AUGCAUUUAGGUCCUGUAAAGAGCGCACUUGAUUUGUCUGAAGACAAAUGGGAAACAACAUUUAGAACAAAUCUUACAGGAUCAUGGUUGGUGUCGAAGUAUGUUUCUCGUCAAAUGAUUUCUUUCAAUCAAAGAGGAUCCAUAAUCAACAUGUCUUCUAUUUCGGGUGUUAAUUGUACUCAUUCUCCCGGAAGUGUCGCAUAUGCUUGUUCUAAAUCAGCUUUUAAUACCAUGACACAGGUGAUGUCUAUGGAACUUGCGAACCACAAAAUAAGGGUAAACUCAAUAUGUCAUGGCAUUUUUAAAUCUGAGAUUACGGAGAUGCUCAUACAAAAGAAAUGGUUAAAGAAUGUGGUGUCAAAGACUGUACCAUUAAGAGAAUAUGGCACUACCGAUCCCGCUUUGACCUCGAUGGUUAGAUACCUAAUGCAUGACUCAUCAAACUAA